UCUCGCGAGCUCUCUCCUUGGUCGGUGUGAGAGAAGGAGGAAGCGGGAGACAUUCAGGCGGCGGGAGGCGGCCCGGGGGGGAGCGAGACAUAGACACCGCACGGAUACACCGACACAGCGUUCCCCGCCCGCUGGCUGCAGCCGUUAAACCCUGAGACCAGUACUUCUGCGAGGUAUCACCGGUGCACAUCUCCUUCAAGGGACAUCGUAAAUCUACUUAAACAGCAUCUACAAUCGCUUACCACACAAAACACCAGGCAACUACACCCUCAGCAUAGAUUAACAGCCUAUGGUAAAAGACCCAUUGAGGAGCCAUGACGGAUGUCAGUGACCUUGACCGCCAGAUUGAGCAGCUGAGGCGCUGUGAGCUCAUCAAGGAGAGCGAAGUGAAAGCGUUAUGUGCCAAGGCGCGUGAGAUCCUCGUGGAAGAAAGCAAUGUGCAGCGGGUGGACUCUCCUGUAACGGUGUGUGGUGAUAUCCAUGGGCAGUUUUAUGACCUCAAGGAACUAUUCAGGGUGGGUGGUGAUGUCCCGGAGACAAAUUACUUGUUCAUGGGCGACUUUGUAGAUCGUGGGUUUUACAGUGUUGAAACAUUCCUACUACUCCUUGCAUUGAAGGUCCGCUAUCCAGACAGGAUCACUCUGAUACGCGGAAAUCACGAAAGCCGUCAGAUUACACAGGUGUAUGGUUUCUAUGACGAGUGUCUUCGCAAGUAUGGCUCAGUCACAGUCUGGCGAUACUGUACAGAGAUCUUUGACUACCUCAGCCUGUCUGCCAUCAUUGACGGCAAGAUCUUUUGUGUACAUGGUGGUCUUUCUCCCUCCAUCCAAACCUUGGAUCAGAUACGGACGAUAGAUCGCAAGCAAGAAGUGCCUCAUGAUGGUCCUAUGUGUGACCUGCUAUGGUCUGAUCCAGAAGACACAACAGGAUGGGGUGUGAGUCCGCGAGGUGCCGGGUACCUUUUUGGCAGCGAUGUGGUGGCUCAGUUUAAUGCAGCGAACAACAUUGACAUGAUCUGUCGAGCACACCAGCUGGUCAUGGAGGGCUACAAGUGGCACUUUAAUGAAACAGUCUUAACCGUGUGGUCUGCGCCAAACUACUGUUAUAGAUGCGGGAAUGUAGCUGCUAUCUUGGAGCUGGAUGAGCACCUACAAAAAGAAUUUAUUAUUUUUGAAGCAGCCCCUCAGGAGACCAGAGGGAUACCCUCCAAAAAGCCUGUUGCGGAUUAUUUCCUGUGAGCUGCCCCUUCAACCAUGUGGCAUUUUCCACUGUCGCCUCCUGGUUUUUGUGUGUUUUUUUUUUUUUUUUUAUUCCCCCUCCCCCGACACCACCACCAGGAAACAGGGCCAGCACAGUAUUUUUAUUUUUUUAUUAAAAGGAGACAAUUGUGAAGCAUCCAGUCCGUCUGCCUGCAGAGUGUCUCUGUACCUCGCUCUUUCAGUGUUUGCCUUCAGUGGAACCAUGUGCAAAGAAUAGAAAGACCUGGAGGGGUGAUACUCUGCAGCCUUGCUAACUGUGCAGGCUCAAUAGCUAGUGGGGGAGGGGGGCGACCAAAAUUCCUAAAGGGGUAGAUCUGCAUAUGAGACAGGGGUUAUCCUUUUGCUCUGCAUUUUUUUUUUCUAUGAAGGUUACAAGAGCAAUGCUCUGUAGACCUUACUGGCAGGGAAGAAGGGGGUAAUUUGGAUAGUGUUUCAGGAAACCAAAAUAAUUUUACUUGGAUAUAUUUAGGAGUUCAGCAUUUUGAUUUUUAUAAGAUUCCUAAAAGCCAGAUUCAUUCCUUUUUGCCCACUGAGUCCCAAACAUCCUGUGAUCAGCGCUUAGAUUAUUCAUGUGCUAUUUCGUCUGGGUUGUGUGCCUUAGUGCAGCCGCUCAAAAGUGGUACCAGGUGUAAAAAAAACAAUGUGAAACCCAAAACCACAAGCUUAAACCUAUUCUCUUUUAAGUAAUAUCUUUACUUCUGAAUGGAUUUCAUAAAUGAAACUGUCUUUAGUACUGAAUUGGUGGGGUGGGGGGUUUGGACAAAUCUGUCAUUGAGGGAUCCAAGCUGCAACCUGUAUGAUGUAAAUUGUAAGUGGUUAAUCCCUGCAGUGAUGAGCAGGUCUGAAUCUAUACAUUUCCUUUUAAGUACUGUAGUAUUGGCUAUCCCCAUAAGUGCUUCAUGUGCUCAAUAAACUGCAAAGGGGGGGCCCUAAGCUUGUACUUGGUAUGACACACAGUGGUUAUAGCCUGGGCUGCCAUAGAGCGUUAGAAGUUCUCUGGUAGCCAAAGGGUUAAACUCUGAUAUGUGACUUUAAAGAGACAUUAAUCUCCACAAAAUUUUGCAUAAUACAUAAAGUGGAGAAUUUUAAACAUGGUUAAUAUCUUUUUCACAAAUAAAUGACAUAAAAGCUUUUUAAGCUAAAAUUAAUACAGAUGUGUCAGUUGUGUGCAUCCUAAUAAAGCUUAUGUAUAUUUUCAACUGCUUAUUGUAUCAACCAACGGUAGAAUCUCUCAGCCAAUGAGCUCUAAUACUGCUGUAUUAGUUUAAAUUUAAACCACUUUUACGUAACAUUUGAGGAAGAAACCACCAUGCUUUAGAUGUUGCAGUUUCACAUUGAGUACAAUAUUCUCUUUGCUAUUUAAAAAUGCAGAAGAUGGGUCUAAGCUGAGUGAACGUUAUCGUAUUCCUAUUUUGCAAGCCGUUAUCUGCUACGGUCCUUCUUAUCCAUAUGUUGAUCAGGCUGAUUUUAAAGCACAGAUGAUUUUGUCACUGUUUCGGAUAUUCAUAUAACAAAUUCUGUUUAUGGCCAUAGACCUUGAGGGGGUGAUAACUUUUUUAAAAAUAAUAAAUCUAAAUCUUACACGUUAUUUCAGCCAUAUCCCCAUCUUUACAUCAGAAGGUUUUCACCUCUUGCCAGUCAGUUUUUAUUUUGUUUUUUUAAUUUUACUUUUUUUGGUAGAUACAUCUAAAGAAAUCUGCUAAUAAAACAAGAAAAAUAAAAAAACGUAAAAAAAAA